AUGGCUUCUAUCUUAAACUCCUCCAAGUUUCUUCCGAGUUAUUCGAUCAGAAACAUUUUGUGGGGCUUUCAAUUGGCGAUUCUCGGAACAUACUACUCCUUAAAAAAUCCAAAACUCUUCAAACAAAGCUACUAUGUCGAAGCUUGUCGUGUGUCCUUUUUGUCGAUAAGCUUGUCUUUGGCUAUACGGUACCCCUUCACAAUAAUCCCCAUCUUAGUUGUUUUUAUUGGGCUAUAUAUCUUGCUGUUUGAAUUGUUUACCUUACAGUGCUUCGUCAAUUACUUCCAGUUCACUGUAUUCAACUUUUUCAAGGUGGUGCGUGUUUCUGGUAACCUCAACAAAGAAUUGAACGAGCUUUUCCUUGUCAGCCUUGAAUAUAUGGAUUUGGUUGAUCACCAGAAACAUCCAGACGAUACAUUCCACCAGUAUCACUACAAGUUAGAAGCGUUGUCCACACGGAGUUCUGCCCUCUUAACUAAGUUGCAGCGAGAGCAGAUUAUUGAAGGCGAGUCUACCGUUUUCUUCAAGCAACACAUUAUCACGGCCCUCUUAGUUAUGGUUGUAUCAUGUUUUCCAUAUUUGCUCUUGGUUGGUUCAAUUGUGCCUGCUUUGAUCAUCUUUCUAGGUUUGAGGAGUAGAAUAGGUAUUGUUCUAUCUUGUGUGAUAACGGCUGUCCUCCUUACUCUCCCAAAAGAGUUUUCGAUGAUGUUUUUGAUCUUAUAUUGGGGCUCCCGAAACAUGGUACACGAUCUUUUGCUCCCUUAUUUCUCCAAAGUAAAAUUUUCCAAGAUGGACAAAGAUCAAUGGAUCAAAUCUCGUGAGGGGCUUCUUUUGGGCUUUAGUAUGUGUUAUUACACUGCCAUUAUUAAGUUCCCUUGGGUGGGUUUGCUAAUCUAUGGCCUUGCCGAAUCCUCCAUGGCGUACAUGAUCAGAAAGAUUUCGGAACCUCCACCAGAUCAGAUGCAGCUUGUGCGCUGGACAGUAGAUCAGCUUGUAUGGAAAGAUAAUAAAACCUUGGACGACGGUGAGACCAGAAAUGAUGAAAAAUCUGCUUCGAGCACCGAGGAAGAAGAUAAGGUUGAUGAGCCUUAA